AUAGAAGAGAAUUGUAACAUCUGGAAGACGGGAGAACACUCGGAAAAUUCCAGGAUAUUUUGUAAAAUUCCAAGAACUUUCAGAGUAAAUUCCAGGGAGUUCCGUUUUGAAAAGUGGAAGCAAUGGUAAAGACAGACGUCUGGCAUUGAAACUACCAUGUUGGUAAUGUUAUGAUACCGAUUUAUAAACGCACUCACGACGUACAUGAGUGUGAAGAAUUUGCCUUUUUAUGGGUAAUUAAGCCCAGAAGCAAAUCAAAAUGACAUCUUUUUUUUUGGAUGGUGCCAUCUUAAAGGAUACUGAUGGUAUAAUCAGGAAUGAAGAUCAUGUCGAACUUCAGGAAGAAACCCUCUCAGACUCUGAUGUCGGUGAUGAUGUGGAGCUACCCCAGGACAAGGGCAGGAGCCAGCGAUGCCAGAUCCUCAGCCACAGCCUCGGCAAGAAGCGGCUGCAGGCAUUGCCACCGGUACCGGUAUUGAGGAUGUGGAGUAUUCUGUAGAAGAAGCCGUCAAUGCUAUGGGGUUUGGAUGGUUCCAGAUCAAGGUAGCCUGCAUUGUUGGCUUCAACUGGAUGGCGGAUGCAUUUGAGAUUAUGCUAGUUAGUGUACUCUCAGACAAGCUCAAAUGUGAAUGGGACCUGCUACCUUACCAACAGGCAAUAAUCACAACUAUCGUCUUCUCGGGAUACUUCCUUGGUGCACCCCUGUGGGGGCUGAUGGGUGAUAAGUUUGGACGUAAAGUGACUCUUUUGCUCUGUUCUUUCUACAUCUUCUACUUUGGAUUCCUGAGUUCCUUUUCACCUAACCUCACUUGGCUGCUUAUUUUAAGAGGACUUGUUGGAAUGUCGUUAGGUGGUACAUCUCAAGCUGUGGUUAUCUUGGCCGAGUUCCUCCCAUCGAAGAGCAGAGGAUCAUGUCUUGUAUUUAUUGAAGCUUUCUGGGUAAUAGGUGUUCUUCUCGAGAUCUCAUUAGCUCUUCUCGUCAUACCCACGUUAGGUUGGCGAUAUCUCCUUGUCUUUUCAUCAGUUCCUCUUCUCAUCUUUGUAUAUCUUGCCAAGUUUCUACCAGAGAGUGCGCUCUAUCAGCAAGCAUCAGGAAAUUGGAGUGGUGCCAUGGCAUCUCUAGAAGAAAUCUCUCGCAUAAAUAAGAAGCCACUACCACCAGGAAAGCUUAGGAAAAAGGCUGAACUUAAACCUAAAGGAUCAUUCCGAGAAGUAUUUAAGACCAAACUGUUAGCUACCACCACUCUUCUUCUGAUUAUUUUAUGGUUUUGUAAUGCAUUCCUCUAUUAUGGGAAUGUUCUUUUAUCUACGGAAUUGAUUUCAUCUGGAGAUACGUGUGCUUCUAAUGCUGAGCCAGAACUGGAAUGUCUUUCUACUUGUAAGUCUCUUGAUACCCAGGGAUAUGUUGACUUACUGGUAACUUCAUUAGCUGAAUUCCCAGGUAUUGUUUUGACUCUGCUCGUGAUUGACACACUGGGUAGAAAAAUCACUAUGGGUCUUGAGAUGUUAGUAGCUGGUGUCUUCACUUUCCUCCUACUAUUAUGUAUUGGCGGUUUGCCCCAGCUUGUUUUUAUCUUUAUAAUCCGUGGCUUGAUUUCAGGAGCAUACCAGGCUUUGUAUGUCUACACACCAGAGAUCUUCCCUACUCAUGUGAGGUCAGUAGCUAUGGGAACUUGUGUCGCUUCAUCAAGGUUGGGUGCUGUUUUGACCCCUUUUGUAGCCCAGAUUUUGGUCAAGCAGUCAUUGGUCAUGGCGAUAUGUGUGUAUGGCAGCUUUACCAUCUUAGCUAGCAUUACAUCUAUCAUCCUCCCCAUAGAAACAAAAGGACGUAUCCUCAAAUAGAUGAUGGAGCUGAUUCUAGUGAUUUGGAAAUCAGCAAUAUCUAAGUGAUUCCAUAAAGUAUACCUUCCCUCUAUAUAUCGGAUCUUCCUAAAGAUGUUAUUUUAUAUGAAAGAUUGAAAUGUUCUCUUAUUCUAAUGAUUGCAGUGCCUCAUAAAGUGAAGUAAGAAUGAAGAAAAAAAUGGGGUCUGACUAAGAAAAGAAAAUGAUUACUUAAAGGAAUCGCCCAUCUGUGUCUUUCUCCUCCUACAGGAAUUAAACUAUAAAAUGAUUCCCCAAUUAUUAUUGAGGUCGUGAUUUCUGUAUAUCAUUCAUAUUUUGUAUGCAAUGUAAUUUUAUAUUUUGAUAUACACAUAUUAACAAAUGGGCAAUAUUUGACAGCACUUUCCAUAUGUAUGAUUUCUUAUAUUGAUAAGUUGGUGAAUAUGUAAUUUUACAUGUAAGACGUUUAUAUAUAUAUAUAUGUAUACUGGUAUGCUUAUUUUUAACUAUACAGGGUGUAUUGCAAUUUUUCUUUCACAUCUUUGUCAAGAUUUGCUGCAUUAAAAUUAUGGUAUAUAUUAUGUGAUAUUGUAUUAUUAAACUGGGAUGGUCAAUUUAUAUUACUGAAUAGUUAGGACAAUUUGAUAAUAUUUAUGUGGUAAUGUGUAAUGAAUUUUACUCAUAUAUAGAAGGACAGUCAAACCUCUUCUACUAAGCUCAUAUUUCAUAUAAAAAUUAAAAAAAUGAAUUAAAAUAUUGAUACAAGUCAGAAUGGUGUUGAAUAAGAUGAAUCCUUUUAGCUUGAUCUCAUUGAUGUGCUUUAUUGAAAGGCAUGGGCCAAGAUAACUUUAAAGAUACACUUCACUUCUCAAAAUGAUAUUGAAUUACAUGUGUAUGCAAAAAACUGCCUCAAAGCGAUUGGAAAAAAGUUGAUUAAAAUCACUUUGAAAUGCACUGAAAUAUGAUUAAAAACUGACUCAAGUGUGCCGAGUCAUAUGCACCGCACAUACAACUGCAUGAAUGGGACCGAACUUAUUUUGUUUUAAUAAUAUAACUACCAUUUUCAAAAGAUAGUUUUCCACCUUGAAUACCUAACCUCUUUGUCUUCAUUUCUUCCUCUCUCCUUUUCUCCUCCCCAUCAUACCAAUAACCCUACUUUCUUAAAAGCACAUCCUGUACCUAGGAUGUAUGGUAGGGGGGUCUUAAAGCUACGCGGUUCCUAAAGCUACGCACCACUCAUCGCGCAUGCAAUUUCAAUUGCAAAAUGCGCCCUCUAUGCAGAACUGUGACUGCAGACAGAGCGACGAACGAUUCCUAUUCAAUUUUUCUACAGGGGCUGCAAUAAAUCACUAAAUGCAGAGGAAACCAGGAACUGAUUGGAAUUUUGGGGUUAUAUUCACUUAAACUUCAUAUUUUCCUAUAAUUACAUGAACAUAUUUUAGAAAUUGAGGCACAGAUAAUACUAAUUUUUUGCAUGAUAAAUUGAGUGCGUACCUUUAGGACCCCUUCUAAUUCGGCGGCAAAAUCAAGAGGUGUUCCGAAAACACGGCAGGAUUUUUGUAUUAGUGAGUUUUGUGAUAUUUUCUUCUUGGUUAAUGAUCUUCAGAAUAUUUACCACAAUUUUUUAGUGAGCGAUAAUUUGUUCAAGUAUUGAAAUUGGCAUAGUUUUUAUCGUUUGUAAACAAAGUGUGUAGCUUUAGGUCCCCCAUCAUACAUUGAAGUCAUUGAAUGAUUGGUAUCACUAUUUUUUGGUUAUAAUAAUUGCCUAUAGUAUUGUAUGUUUUAUAUAUUUAUAUGUUUGGAUAAUGUUUAUUGAAUAAAACUAAUCUGUAUU